UGUUCCUCUCGCGUCGGGCGGGGCGUCCCGUUUGUCUUUUGCAACGUCCUAGAGCCCACAGUGAUGCUCACAAGGAGAUGAGCAGCGAUGGACCCGUGAGGCAGACGACUUUCAAGCGAAAUGGACAUGUCAAUUUCUUCCUGAGAUGUCUACAGGCAUUACCAGCCAGUGGGACCUCACAGGAUGCCAAUAGAAUCACUAUUGCCUACUUUUGUCUCUCUGGUCUAGAACUUCUAGGAGCACUGGAGGACAAGACCACGGCUCAGCAGAGGGAUGCAUGGAUAGAGUGGAUUUGGAGUUUGCGGUCUCCAAAUGGAGGAUUCGGAGGUUCAACGUUCAUGAUCACCACCUCUAAUGCCAACACCUCGCCUGGACAUCUACCAUCGACCUAUACAGCCCUGCUUUGCUUGGCGAUUUUACGAGCACCUCUCGACAGGUUAGACGUGCCUGGACUAGUGUCCUUCCUACGCUCCUGUCAAGGUCAAGACGGCUCCUUUUCUCCCCUUCCUCGAUCUCAGUCUGAGGGCGAUUUCCAGAGCGACCUGCGCAUGACUUACUGUGCUUGUGCGGUAUCCAGUAUUAUCUCGGAUUUCUCAGGGAUCAAUGUGGACGCAGCAAGGGCCAUGAUCCGGCAAUGCAGAACAUGGGAGGGAGGGUAUGCAGCUCGUCCAGGAAUCAUCGAGGCACAGGGAGGAACGACGUACUGCGCUAUGGCUUCGCUCAAGCUCUUGGAGGCGGAUGGCAAGGCAGACAGUACCGAGGACCAUGAAGAAACUCUCAGAUGGUUGCUUCAACGCCAAAUUGGCGGAUUUCAAGGCCGUCCCGGCAAGCUAGAAGAUGUUUGCUAUUCGUUCUGGUGUGGAGGAGCAUUGUCUAUACUCGGUCGAUCAGACCUUUUGGAUGCUCAGUCAGAUCGGACUUUUCUCCUCAGCGCACAAUACCCCUUUGGCGGAUUCGGCAAAGAGCCAGAGGACCCACCGGACCCGUAUCAUUCUUACCUUGCCUUGGCAGCUUUGUCGAUGCACGAACCCGCAGCUAAAGAGCAUGCUCUGGGCCUCAAAUCGCUGGUACCGACCUGGAAUGUCAGUGAGGAGAGCGCUAAAUGGUUAAGAGGAGAAAUCAGCCGGAUCAAGGCUCUGAAAUACCCUGCAUGAAAUAUAAUUUACAAGUAAGGAUGCUAUGAAUGCGAAUA